AUGGCCAAGAUCAGAGCGGAUGCUCCGGUGAUGCCUCCGGAGACUCCUCGUAGCAAUGAGGUGGGAGAGAUUGACACGCGUCCUCCCUUCGAAUCCGUUAGAGCCGCCGUUAGUUUAUUCCGCCAAGUUUCCUUUUCAAAGCAACCACCACCACGUCUCUCCUCCUCCUCCUCUCAGGACGUAACGGAUGUGUUGGAUAAGGAGACGCAGCUUCUAUUAGCGGAACAAGAAAUGGAUAGAGUCCAGCUCUGUCUUGAUGGCUCUGUCAAAGCUAAAGCACGAGCUCUCUCUGAUCUCGACUCUGCUCAGCGAAAAGCCGCUGAUUUGAGGGCUAAACUAGAAGCCACCAAACAAUCCAAGAAAUGUUCCAUGCUGACCAAACACACCAUGAAUCAACGGUUAGAUAAACUCCAAUCCGAAAACCAAGAAACAGAGAGCGCAAGAGAGAAUUACAUUUUAGUCACUACAGAGCUAUUCAUGGCGAAGCAGGAGCUCGCGGAGUUAAAACAACAAUUCAACAUCUCCGUUGAAGAAAGGCUAGCUGAGCUUCAAAGGGCAGAGGAAGCAGAGCGCGCAUCCAUGGUUAACUCCCAAAAGAUCAAAGACAUGCCACAGGAGAUAGUGGAGAUGCGUGAUGCUGCUGAGCGAUUCAAGUCCGAGGCUGCCAGAAAAAAAGAGCAAGAGGAAAAGAUAAACGAGGAGAACAUUGCUGCAAGAGAAACUUAUGCGGCAAUGAAACAAGAGGCUGAGCAGAGGCUGGAGGAUCUGAAGCGAGAUUGUGACCCUGAACUGAGGAAAGAUAUAGAGGAGCUGGCGGAGAUAUCUGCGGAAAACGAGAGUUUACAGGAGGAGAUCAAACUUGCACGUGAACUGAAAGAGGCUAAGAGCGCGAUGCAAGAUGUCUGUGAUGAAGAAAGCUCAUACAAAAGCUUGGUGGGGUCGCUCACGGUGGAGUUGGAUGGAGCGCAGAGGGAGAACAGAGAUUUAAAGGGAAAGGAAAAGGAGAGACAAGAAGCCGAAGAAGGAGAAUGGGUAGAAGCGAGUCGUAAGGUUGAUGAAAUCAUGCGCGAAGCAGAGAGAACAAGAAAAGAAGCAGAAGAGAUGAGGAAGCAGGUGGAUGAGCUCAGGCGAGAAGCAGCAGCCACUCAUACGGUAAUGGGUGAAGCAGUGAAACAGCUGGAGAUAGUUGGAAGAGCGGUGGAGAAAGCGAAAACCGCAGAGAAAAGAGCUGUGGAAGACAUGAGAGUCCUAACUGAUAAGAAGGAGAGUUUGACGGAUGAUGAGCCUGAUAAAAAGAUUAGAAUAUCACUGAGAGAGUACGAGGAUUUGAGAGGAAAGCAAGAAGAGUCAGAGAGAAUGGUGCAGUUUAAAGCGAAAACGGUAGCUGCUCAGCUAGUAGAAAUCAAUGAGAGCAGAAUACAAGGGGAGAGAAUGUUGGAGGAAAAAAUGAAAGAGAUGGAAGAGUUAAAGAUGGCAAUUGAUGCUGCUUUGAGAAAUGCAGAGAUUGCAGAGGAAGCGCACUCCAUUGUUGAUGCUGAGCUUAGAAAAUGGAAACCACAAGAAUUGUAG